AGGAACGCUCAGCUCCAGAAAAGAUUGAUUGAGUGACCGAGAGAGAAGUUUAAUGAACAACACAAGGAUAUUUACACUCCCUUUUAACACAUUUUGGCAACUUUUGUAAAUAUUUAGAUAUUUAUUUCUCAGUCAAGAAGCCUAUUUUGAUUUCUAUUUUCUUUAUGAGACCGUUUAAGUGUUUGAACACGUUUGGACGCGUCAAGUUCGGGACAAGCUCUUGGAAAAUACGCACACUGCAUGUUGACGCGUUGGUUGAACAGGUGGCUCGGAUUCCGGUUAAAUUGGCCUAUAUACAAUCAACGGGGACAACGGACAGGACGGGCAGACGGGACUUUGUCGGACUUCAGAUGCUGCUCACAUACCGGACCUGCCAGGUUUAGAGCGCAGGGGACAACGAGAACGGACAGUUGGAAACUUCUCUAAAGGCUGAAAAUAAACCGUGCUUUUGUAGUUCGACUGUUGGGAGUUUUUAUGACAGCCGCUGGCGUUGACAUGGUUGUCGAUAGUCCCCGGUUACACGGGGGUAAAGCCCCGGCCUCCACACCGGAGAACGUUGUCCCCGGGAGUAAAGCCCCGGCCUCUACACCGGAGAACGUUGUCCCCGGGAGUAAAGCCCCGGCCUCUACCCCGGAGAACGUUAUCCCGGUUUCUCUAGGCAGUCCUGCUGCGGAUAUCCUCCGUAAUUUUUACCACACUAAGCGGGUCGGAAACUACUUGAUCGGGAGGAAACUUGGAGAGGGCUCCUUCGCUAAAGUCCGAGAGGGACUUCACGCCAUGACUGGAGAGAAGGUCGCGGUAAAGGUGAUCGAUAAGAGGAAGGCGAAGAAGGACUCUUACGUGACUAAGAACCUCCGGAGAGAAGGUCAAAUCCAACAGAUGAUCAGACAUCCCAACAUCACCCAGCUGCUGGACAUACUGGAGACUGAGAACAGUUACUACCUGGUGAUGGAGUUGUGUCCUGGAGGAAACCUCAUGAACCGGAUCUACGAUAAGAAGAAGCUGGACGAGAGAGAGACUCAGAAAUACGUACGGCAGCUGGUGAUGGCUGUGGAACAUCUGCACAGAGCUGGAGUGGUGCACAGGGACCUGAAAAUUGAAAACCUGCUGUUGGAUGAACAGGAACACAUCAAGCUCAUAGAUUUUGGGCUCAGUAACUGUGCAGGGAUCCUGGGUUACUCAGAUCCGUUCAGUACACAGUGCGGGAGUCCAGCCUACGCUGCUCCAGAACUUCUGUCCCGCAAGAAGUACGGCCCCAAGGUGGAUGUCUGGUCCAUAGGAGUGAACAUGUACGCCAUGCUGACCGGCAGCCUUCCCUUCACCGUGGAGCCCUUCAGCCUCAGGGCUCUGCACCAGAAGAUGGUGGACAAGGAUAUGAACCCUCUACCGCCCUCUCUCUCUACAGCGGCCAUCUGUCUAAUGAAGAAGCUGUUAGAACCAGAUCCAGCUAAGAGACCUAACAUCCACCAGGUCAUGUCUGACUCCUGGCUACAACUGGCUAACGCUAACACUGGAGCACCCUACCUCAACAGGAUCCACAUUGAGGAGAUCAACCACAUGGUAUUACUGCACAUGACAGAGAGGAUGGGCUACAAACACAGCGAGGUGCUGAGUGCCGUGCUCACCAACAGAGCCUGUCACACCCUGGCUGUCUACUUCCUGCUCAACAACAAGAUGAAGAGGCUCUCCAAGGAAUACAGGGAGAAGGUGUACCAGGAGAAGGAGAAGAAGACAGAGAAGAAUGAGUACUUCCAGACCCAGUGGAGAAAACACGUAGAGAAGGUCACCAUCCCUCCUAAACAGACUCCCGUCUACCUGGCCGUCAGCAAGGGCCCGAGCAAGGAGAAGAAGCACAGGAACGGGAAGUCUAGGUAA